AUGGUCGCAGAUGCCCUUGUUUAUCACCCUGCGGUGACCCAUUACCUCCGAUAUGUCGCGACUACCGUUGGACGAGACAAAGUACUGCGGACGAUCCAAUACUUUUCGAGAUUCUAUGCUUGGUACCUCUACCGCACCAACAACCCGACGAGCGCCAUCCUGCCAUGGGCUGUGAUAAAGACCCAACUCAGUCUGACAAGGAAGAUACUGAGAGUGGGAAAAUUCGUCGAACACAUCCGCGCCGGAUCCGAGAUCUAUGAUGCGGCAAUGAAGUCGAAUAAUGGCGACAAGGUCACCCAAUAUUUGCAAAUCUUGAGACAGAUUGGCUACACUGGGUACCUAUUCUUUGACACGAUGACUGUGUUGGACGCAAUGGGCGUCAAGAAAGAUCCUCGAGCAAAGAGUGUUCAGGCCACGGCCUAUCGCUUCUGGUUCACGGGUUUGGCCGCCAGCGCCCUUGCUGGGCUCUACAACACCUACAAACUGCGCGAACGGACCAAGGCUGUCGAUGAAAAGGACGCCGAGGCCAAGGUUGAGAAGGUCAAGAUUGCGAGACAACAACAAGCUGUUAAUAUCCAGCUAAUCUCCGAUCUUUGCGACCUGACGGUACCCAGCACCAAUCUCGGCUAUGCCAACUUUGAUGAUGGGAUUAUCGGUCUUGCGGGCACACUAAGCAGUUUACUUGGAGUCUAUGGAGCAUGGCAGAAGACUGCUUGA